AUGAAUUACGAGGCUUUACCGUGUCCUUCAAAAGGCUGUAAGGGUUGCAAAGGGCCUAAAUGCCGAAGCAGCAACGGGAAUGGCGACGAAAAUGACUCCAACACCAGCGCCAGACCCUCUCAGACCGACAAUAGAUCCUCGACGAGCACGAAUUCUCUAAGUCAAACAACCUCCCCUGCUGCAACGUUAGUAGUGUCUUCCACUCCACAGAAAACGACCCUUUCCACGCUCUCUUCCGCUUCAUCUGAAAGUGCCCAGCCAACCACCUCAAUCACUUCGACUACUUCAUCAGCAACUCCAAGCCAGACGCUUGAUUGUAAAGCUUUAGCAUCAUUAGCAGCCGAAGACGACGUCUCUGAAAGUAAUUCUCGUAGACGAAGUUAUCCGAUUGAUCUUAGUCUGCAUCAGCUACAUAAGCGUUAUGGUCCGAAAACGGUAAACGCAUGUAGCAUUAAGCUUUCGAGCUAUAGCUACCCCUCCAGCGGAGAAUGGGGUGACCCC